AUGACGUCCAAACAGCGAACGAUAUCGGCCAUUUGCUCACUAUUGCUAGACGCUUCUUGUCUGGUGGGCAAGAGUGCAAAUCCAGGCGCGUGAAAUCACCGCGUACGCUCAAGAUUGCUUCACUCAUUAAAUCGACAUGGCACCCAACAUCGACCCCGAAGUGGGCUGCCCGAUUCCCGAGCCCGGACAGUGGCCAGUCGACCCUCAAGAAGACGUAGAAAUUGCCGAGAGACGCCUGUGGAUCGAUGGUUGUUUCGAUUUCUUCCAUCACGGCCAUGCCGGCGUCAUGCUCCAGUCCCGUCGUUUCGGUGACGAAUUGCUCGUCGGUCUCCACAACGAUGAGGAUAUCGCUGCCAAUAAAGGUCCGACGGUCAUGAACCUUGCUGAGCGGGUUGCGGCAGUCAACGCCUGUCGUUUCAGUACUCUGUGUGUCCCUCAUGCGCCCUAUGUCACAUCGAUUCCGUGGAUCAGCCACUACGGCUGCAAGUAUGUCACUCACGGCGACGACAUCACGAGCGAUGCAAACGGAAACGAUUGUUACCGCUUCGUGAAGAAAGUUGGCAGGAUGAAGAUCGUGCCGCGCACGCCAGGAAUUAGCACGACCGACCUGGUGGGUAGGAUGUUGGCCGGGUCUAAGGAUCAUUUUAUCGCCAGCCUGAUCGAUUGUAUCGAAGGUCGCGAGAGCGGCACGGAAGGCGACCGUCAGGAGACUGGGGAGCAGAUGCAGAAGCGAUUCCGCGAAUAUGCUGCGGCACCAAACGGUCUGGACCCGUACGUCGAAGUGUUCACCCUCGAAUCAGCCGGCGAUGACAGCACCAAAGCAGGUCAUCUUGCACAAUUCGUGUCGGGAGUGAAACCUCGACCUGGUCAAAGAAUCGUGUACGUCGAUGGAGGCUUCGACCUGUUCUCUUCCGGACACAUCGCAUUUCUGCAAACCGUCGCUAAAUUGGAGUCCGAGCUCGGCCGAGAACAAGGUUGGUACAGCGAAGCAGCCAAGCAACAGCGCAUCAGCUCGACAGGAUCCGACUAUGGCCCUGCAUACGUGAUUGCCGGAGUCCACGAUGAUCGCACGAUCAACCACCACCUCGGGAAGAAUUUCCCAAUCAUGAACAUUUUCGAACGAGGACUUUGCGUCGUACAGUGCGAGUACAUCGACAGUGUGGUGUUCAACGCUCCGGUAGCUCCGUCAAAAGCAUUCCUUGAUCUCCUUGCUACACAAUUUGGCAGCUCGCCUAGUGUCUACUGGCAUGGGCCAACUGCUUUCAUGUCCAUCACAGGCUCAGAUCCCCACGCGGAUGUGAAGGCGCUCGGGAUUUUCAGGGAGACACCUGCGCAUGAAUUUCAAGAUGUCAAUGCCGCUCAGAUUGUGUUGCGGAUUCUGAACAAAAGGGCGGAAUAUGAGGAGCGGCAACGGAAGAAAGGUGUGAAGAAGGUCGGCGAGGAGGAGCAACAUCGCUUGGAGAAAUUGCAGCACUCGGGAUAGACUCAUUGAUCGUUAUCAUGACGAUAGACGUUUAAACAUGCAAGCGUGAUAGACUCGAGUAUUGAAUAGGCCCGAUCAAGCUCAUCAGAAAUCGAUCUCGUCUUCAUGCUCUCUCCGCCCUUCUAUGCCAUGCGCAGCAUCUAUUUGACCCGCUACGUUCCCACCGCCCUGAUCCUCAUCAUCUAGCCCCUCAUCCAGAUCCUCAAUUGGAUAUGUAAGGAUCGCCGCAAUCCCACCAAGACCCUCCAACCUCUUCCCGCUCUCAUGCAUGCUGCUCAAAACCCUCACCUCACCUCCCUGCUCCUUGACAUCAUCCACCACCUUCACCCAUCGUCUCCUCGUCGCAAUAUCCUGACUGCGGAACAAUGCGUUCGAGAUGAGCAGCACUCCACCCCCCUUGCCCACCGCACCUCGCUCCACCGCCAAUUCGCAUUCCCGCGGACCGUACCACGC